AGAUUCCCUGCCCCAAAAUCCUCACCUUCGCCCCCGGGCUGUGCCCAGAACUCCGGGGAGAUGCUGCCCUGCGGCGCUGCUGCGGCGUGUCGCUGACGGGGCGCGGCUCGGUGUCUUGCAGGUGCCGCUGGCCGGACACCAUGAGGGAGGCGGAAAUCGGGCGGCUCCUGGCUGCCAACCUGCUCUGCGCCCUGUCCGUCGUCCUGGCCGCAGUGCUCCCGGCCUUCUUCCUGGACGGGUUCAGCGUGCUGGGAACGCACCUCACGUGGCUGUGCGUUUGUUCUGUGUGUGUCGCUACCCUUAAUGUAAUCUUGCACUUAGUCCUUAAACCAAAUCAGUCUCCUAAGAGACGUUCCUUUGCUCACAAGAUAUCCAGAUUUCUAAAAUGCUGUAUAUACUUUUUCAUGUCUUGCAUACUAUUUCAUGCGAUUAUUGUUCUUUAUGGAGCACCUCUCAUAGAGUUAGUGACUGAGACAUUUUUGUUUGCAGUUCUUCUCUCUACAUUUACUACUUUACAGUGCUUGUGUUUGCUGGGACCAAACAUACAGGCAUGGAUACGGGUAUUUAGUAAAAAUGGAGCUACAUCCAUCUGGGAAAGCAGUCUACAGAUUACUUCCAUGUGCAGUGUACUUGGAGCUUGGUUUGGGGCAUUUCCUAUUCCUCUUGACUGGGAUCGGCCUUGGCAGGUAAGGCCCAUUUCCUGUUCCCUCGGAGCUACCUUUGGCUACGUGGCUGGUCUGAUUAUUGCACCUCUGUGGAUACACUGGAACCGGAAGCAGCUUACAUACAAAAGCAGAUAACUGGAGCAAAAAGAGACAAGGUAUUUCUUUGUGCAGAUUCCAUACAGACUGUGCAAAAGUUGGGGUUUUUUAAGAUAUAUAUAUAGAUAUAUAUAUAUAGUCAAGGCAGAAGACUGUCCAAAUUCAGUUAGAGUAUUUCAGGCCAAGCAUCUCCAUUCAAUAAAAUCACAUAGAUGCCGUUUCAGCAUGGUGCAGUUUUUGCUUCCUCUAAACUGUGUAACCCUGAGAGAUUGUACCUUCCAGUCUGAAUAAAGUAUUUGUAACAGA